UAAGGGUAACAAAAUUUUAAAAUCAGUUUUUUGUUGGUUUUUGCUCGGCUAGCCGGCUUAUUUGCGGUAUUCCGUGAAGUGAAUCAGAUUUUUCAAUCAAAAAUCGUAGAAUUUUAAAUUCCAUCAAAUGGAAAAUCAAGGGUUUCUGAAACAAAAGCUUGGCUUUGCCACUACUGCCAUUCACGCUGGUCAAGAGCCAGAAAAAUGGUCAUCUGCAGCUGUAGUACCUCCUAUUGUGACCUCCACAACAUUCAAACAACCCGCACCAGCCGAGCACACUGGAUUUGAAUAUGGAAGAUCUGGUAAUCCAUCCAGGAACACAUUAGAAGAAUGCCUUGCUGCUCUGGAUGGUGGAAAGUACGGAUUAACAUUUGCCUCAGGUUUAGCUACUACCACAACUUUAGUUGCAUUACUUAACAGUGGUGAUCAUGUCCUAUCAAGUGAUGAUGUGUAUGGCGGUACAAAUAGAUUGUUUAGACAAGUUACAGAAAGACAAGGCAUUGAAACCAGUUUUACUGACUUCACAAAAAUCGAUAAAGUAGCUGAGGCAAUAAAACCCAACACAAAGAUGAUUUGGUUAGAAACACCAACAAAUCCCUUACUCAAAGUAGUGGAUAUUGAAGCUGUAGUGAAGGUUGCUAAAAGUCGGGGCAACAUUCUCGUAGUGGUAGACAACACCUUCCUCACGUCAUACCUUCAGAGGCCGCUAGAUUUCGGAGCUGACGUCGUCAUGUACUCCCUAACCAAGUACAUGAACGGCCAUUCUGAUGUGAUAAUGGGUGCAGCUAUAGUAAAAAACCAGGAGUUGAAUGACAAACUAAGGUUCCUACAAAAUGCAAUGGGAGCAGUCCCAUCGCCGUUUGACUGCUAUCUUGUCAAUAGAAGUUUGAAAACGUUAGCUUUACGUAUGGAGCGCCAUCGAGAAUCGUCUUUGGUUAUAGCCAAGUGGUUAGAAAAGCACCCUAAAGUGACCGAGGUUAUGCAUCCUGGUCUCCCAUCACAUCCGCAACAUGAAAUAGCGAAGAAACAAACCAGUGGGCAUUCGGGCGUUUUCAGUUUCAACCACUCUGGCGGACUGAAAGAAUCACGAAAGUUUUUAAGUUCUCUCAAGAUAUUCACACUGGCCGAGAGUUUGGGCGGAUACGAGAGCUUGGCGGAGUUACCGUCUGUAAUGACUCAUGCUUCAGUGCCCGCGCCUCAGAGAGCCGAGUUAGGUAUAACAGAUUCGUUGAUCAGACUUUCCGUAGGUCUAGAAGAUGUUGAAGAUCUCAUCGAAGAUAUAAGCCAAGCUUUCGAUGCAUCAUUUUAAAACAACUGUAUUGCAAACGUUCCUCAAGUAAUCUCACAAUAAUGUACAAAAAUAUUUUCAUAGGUUUUUUACAAAAUUAUGAAUAUGAGGUCCCUAAUAGCAAAUGUUGAAAAAAAAGUAGCUUUUUAUAUUAUUUAUAAUAUCAGUCUUCCAUCUUUGUGGGAGUUUAGUGAGAUUAAUCAUAAAUUCGGCUUUUUUGUAUUUAUUUGUUUAAGUGCAUUAUUAAUUUUAUUAAUAUAAUGUGAUAGACGUGAGCUGUACAGUUGCUCGAUAAUAUUUUACGAUAUGACGAACGAAUUGGAAAUAAUAUGUAAUACGAAAUGCGCUAAAAAGUGGUUCCACGCAACUGUGAUCAAGUGGGCGGGGCGUAGAAACUGCGAUCAACAUGUCGUCCAUUACCCAAUGAAUGGAUAGCCGAUUUAAUUUGUCAAGGUAUUUUGGGUUUGUCUGUGUGUGUGUCGCGUUAGUAUUGAUGUUUAGUAGUUUAGUAAUAUGGGUUAGGAACCAUGUUUUAGUGGCCUUUGUUAGGUUGUAAUGCUUCCAUAUCAUUUCUAAUUCGUUGGAUAUGACCCAUGUAACUUAUUCAUAUAAUGAAUUAAGUUGCAAGAAAUUUAAAUAAUAUGUAAAUUUUCUGUAGUAUUCAAGCUGUGAGUUACCUGUUUUUAUACUACUAUGUACUUCAGUUGUUAGAUCC